CCAUGUGCUCAACAGACUUGUAGAGGUGAUAUUUCGACUGAUGGGUCAGGAAUCCAAUUUCAGCAUUCGUGUCAGCAACUCUGCAGAAACUGUGACCAGCAGAAUCUAGGCCAUCUCCUCUCCGGUAUUUGAGGAUGUCGAUAUCUCCAGGAAUACGAUUCAGUAUGGUAGGUAGGCCUUGGCAAAUGUGAUGCACCUUGGGCCACUUCCGCCUAGCACCUACAUCAGCCUCCUCCACCAUUCUACAUCCUAGGCAGCAUCGUAUCAGCAUGAUACAGCGCUUUCGCGAGGCACGGAUGACUUUGUUGCUCGCAGCGUAACAGCAAUAAUCUUGCCAAUGAAGCAGCAUAGCCAAGUCUUUCUUGUCAGAUGCCAACCUUGCCGUGAAGGACAUCAUGUUGCUUCAGUAUGGCAGCCUCUCAUUCUCGCAGGACCGAAUUCGUGCCGUCUGGAGUGAUCCAGAGAACGAGAACCAGGGCCGAAAAAGCGAGUAUGAACUUCAAUCACUUAUUGACCACCACUCCCAACAUGGCCUUCCAAACACCGGCAAGGCCAAGAAGCACACGAAGAUCUUCGAUCGAGCCACGGACAUUCUUGGGCAACUGCCAGCGACCUCGCCAACUAUUCUAGGUGCUUUGCGAUAUCAGGGUUCCUUCGAUGACGGCUUUGUUCUACCGGGCUCACUGGGAGAUCUUGCACUCAAUGACUCGCCGGAUCCUACCUGGGAAAGGCUACUGGUGGUCAACUUCGUCGACACGAUCGUUCUUCGUCUAGUGCUUUGCACCGCUCAACGAGAAUUUGCUCGUGAAUAUGGACCCCCACCUUUGGUCCGCCUUCUCAACGCGACGAUAUUCCUUCUAAGAACAAGCUUAGACCUCGCAAAUGAAGGCAGAGGAAAUCGUCAAAGAUGGGCCAUUGUGUGUGCCUUCCUGUGGACGUCCUGGCAAAGGGUUUUGAUGCUCCACUUACGAUCUGUGGUUGGUCGUCAACUCUCAGGUUUCGACUACAACAUUCAAGGCUUGAACUCAAUUCGAGCUCAAAAUAUUGUCCCUGAGAUCUUCGAGUAUCGCCGGCAAGUGCAGCAAACGGAACUCAAAAUCACACCCUAUCUCUGCGCUUGGGCUUAUCGGAACCUUGUGGAGGAUCGAGCAUGCGUUUCCACAGACCUUCGGCGAUGCACUCAGUUGUACCAAGAAUGCUUCGGCUCAAAGUCAGCCAUUUGCAACCUUGAAAAUAAACAAUGCAGUGGUGUAUCGUCGGUCAAUUGUGGUCGAUUUGAACAUACAGAGGUCACAAAUCAGUCAACGCACGCAAAAGAAUGCCGGGGAUCUUGCCAGAGACUUUUCUGGUGUCGUUCCUCCUUUCUCGGUGUCCCUGGACCGAAGGCUAUCGACACCAGUACCACGGAGGCAUCCGGCUUGCGUUAUUGUAAAGUCACGCAAGAAACGCUCACAGUGUCCCAUGUUUGGAGCCACGGCCAGGGAGGUAGGCCCGAUCCAGGCAGUCCGGAAGGCACAGGAUUCAACAUGUGCUUGCACGAGCGAUACACCAAGAUCGCAACAUCCCUGGGCUGCUCGUCAUAUUGGAUGGACACGCCGUGCAUACCCAGUGAAGAAGACUUGAGGUGGGAAUGUAUCGCCAAUAUCACCCAAAUCUUCACCCUCAGCAACAUCACUCUGGUUUGUGAUCAGGAUAUAAUGUCAAUCGAUAUCUCCGAUCCAGACGCAAAGAUUUGCGAGCAACUGCUUGCGACCUUGCUAAUUAGCGAUUGGAACAUGAGGGCGUGGACAUUGCUUGAGUCCAUGCGAGGAAGGCGUUCGCUUUAUUUGCUCUGCCUCGACGACAAGGUCAUUAAGCUAUACGAUGUGCUGCAGACCGUUUACCAGCGUGGAAGAAUUGAAGUUGCCAUUCCAUUCUUGACACGCUCGUACCUACUUCCACCCGACGACAUCACCGGCAUGGAGCUAUUCGAAGGAGGAGGCUCUGUUGCGACUGAAGAAGACCGCCAGAUCGCAGAGGGAUUCAUCAGUAUCGGCGAGGCUACGGUUCUCCUCAGUCAUCGGCAUGCUACUCGUGACGAGGACGAUGUGUUGAUCUGGAGUCUUCUCGUCGGUGACAUCGAAGGAGAUGCAGCGGAGAUGUGGAAGCGUCAAGUGGGCAAGAGUGUCUCGACAGGUGCUCUUGUGUCAAGCGCUCCUCGGCUCCAGAGUACCCCAGGUCUACGUUGGGCUCCUUGCCGUCCGACAAUGGCUCGAAGAUCCGCAGGCGCAUCAAGUCCAGUGCACGAGAAGACGUAUCUUGCCUAUGGUGGUGGUGAUUCUAAAUCUGGAGAGAUCACCACUGAUGGCUUCCGUGCGAGAUGGCUGACAUUUCAGUUCUCCGUAGCAGAUCCUGGAGCUGGAUCGUCCGUCCCGCCAAACGAGAUUGACUCCGUUAUCGAGGGACUGCGUGUGGUAAAGGAGCUGCACCUUGACGGUUUUGCCAAAGGUAUCCUCCUACAGGUAUGCCCUAGUGGAGGCCCGAGCAAUGUUCCACUACCGUAUCCGGGGUCUAACAACCAUGUGAUUGUGGUCGGUGGCUCUCAUGACGGAGUAGGAUGGGAGUGGAGAGGCAUUUUCGAGUGGGAUAGGAGAUGUCCAUUGCCGCCAUUUACUGUGGAGGAGAUCUUGCUUGUGUGA